AGCGGGAGAGAGAGGACAACCGGACCACAGCAGAGACAGAAAGAGAGAGAGAAAGAGCGAAGGAGCACAGAAGAGAGGAAGGAGAAAGAGAGAAAGAGACUGGGACUGUAGUGAGGCUUAUACUGGUUUUGCAGAGAGUUGAACCAUGUGGUGAGAGAGGGCUUUGUGCAAAAGGCGAGAGGCAAUUAGCCCGACCCUGUCCCGCUCCACACCAGUCAUCAGCCGCCCCAGGGCUUACCCAAAUCUGGGGGGAAAAUCUGGUAAUCCAAGAUGUGCUUAAUUAAGGGCUACUCACAGCAGAGAGAAUGAGACAGGGAUAGACACUACCAGAGAAGGACAGGGAGAGAGAGGAAAGAGAGACAGAGACAGCGCGAGGGAGAGAGGGAGUCAGUGAGAGAAAGAGGGGAGAGAGAGGGGGAGAGGUGGUGGGAUCAGGUGACGUCAGCAUCUCGCUGGAUUGAGGUGUUGAGAGCUGCUGAUUAUAAUCUGGGCUGAUUAGGAAACGGAAAGAAUCGGAGCGUGUGGGAGAGAGACAGAGGAGAGAGGCCGUGAAGAAAAAGGAGGUUAGAAGGAAAAUGAUAAAUUAACACAGGACAAGAACAAGGACAAAACCAACAAGGACUGGCAAAGGAAUAGAUAAACUGCUACAACAGCGGCAUUCAGGAGAGAGAGAAAAUACCUGAGGCCAACAUGCCCACCAACGGGGUGAACAAAGCCCUGAAGCUGCAGUUUGGGCUCAUUAACCACGAGAGCCGCUACCUGACGGCCGAGGCCUUCGGCUUCAAGGUGAACGCCUCGGGGCCGAGCCUGAAGAGGAAGCAGAUCUGGACCCUGGAGCAAGACGAGCGCCACACGCAGGUGGUCUACCUGCGCAGCCACCUGGGCCGCUACCUGUCCUCCGACCAGGACGGCAAGGUGAGCUGUGAGGCGGAGGAGCCGGGGGAGGGGGCGCGCUUCCUGAUCGUGGCGCAGUCGGACGGCCGCUGGGCCCUGCAGUCCCAGCCCUACCUGCGCUUUUUCGGCGGGUCUGAGGACCACCUGUCCUGCUUCGCCCAGACCGUCGGGGAGGCGGAGCUGUGGGCCAUGCACCUGGCGCUCCACCCGCAGGCCAACCUGCUGAGCGUGAGCCGCCGCCGCUACGCCCACCUGAGCGGCGAGGAGGGGGAGGUGUCCGUGGACGGGAACAUCCCCUGGGGGGUGCGCUCCCUGCUCACCCUGGUGUACCUGGGGGGCCGGUACUGCCUGAAGACCUGCGACAGCCGCUUCCUCAACCACGACGGCAAGCUGGUGCGGGAGCCGGGCCGGGGCACGGGCUACACGCUGGAGCUCCGCGCGGGGAAGCUGGCCUUUAAGGACUGCGAGGGGAAGUACCUGGCCCCCACCGGCCCCACCGGCACGCUGCGCGCAGGCCGCUGCUCCAAGCCCGGCAAGGACGAGCUCUUCGACCUGGAGGAGAGUCACCCGCAGGUGGUGUUCCAAGCCCCCAAUGGGAAAUACGUCUCCAUCCGCCAAGGGGUGAAUAUCUCAGCCAAUCAGGAUGACGAGACCGACAUGGAGACCUUCCAGAUGGAGAUUGACAGGCAAAGCAGGAAAUGCACAUUCAGAACCAAGGAAGGAAACUACUGGACGCUGGUCUCCCAUGGAGGCAUCCAGUCCACAGCAACAGAAGUGGCAGCUAACACCAUGUUUGAGCUUCAGUGGUUGGGCCGGAGGGUGGCUCUGAGGGCCAGUAAUGGGAAAUACGUCUGCACAAAGAAGAACGGGCAGCUAGCCGCCGUGAGCGACUCCGUGGGGGAGGAUGAGCAGCUCUUGUUGAAGCUGAUAAACAGGCCGAUGCUGAUCCUGAGGGGGGAGAAUGGCUAUGUGUGCCACCACAAGGGCUCCAACACGCUGGACGCCAGCCGGUCCGUCUACGACAUCUUCACUCUGCACUUCAGCGACGGAGCGUACCACAUCAAAGGGGUGGACGGAAAGUUCUGGUACGUCUCCAGCAGUGGGCUGGUAUGCGCCGAUGGGGAGGCCCCCGAGGACUUGUUCCUGGAGCUGCUGGAACACGGGCGGAUGGGCAUCAGGACCCAGAGCGGGCAGUAUCUCCGUGGCGACCAGGGCGGCACGCUGAAGGGCGAUGGCCAGGCCGCUAACUCCGCCUCCCUGUGGGAGUACUGACCCCUGGAGGACACUGGAGGAACUGCGCCUGAUUCUACCAGCAGCUCAGGCAAAGGGCACCGACAGUGGGUUGGGGGGGGUAUGUGUUUGCCCCCCCAGGAUGAUUACUGAUUUGGAAAGGGAGGGGCUGCAGGAGUGUGUUCUCUGCUUGAAUACUUUUAUACGUUUUCACUUCACUUUGUUCUCCUUGCGGGCGGAGUUUCAUGUGGGAGUGUACAGACUUUCUGUCUCCAUGGUUACAAACUAGACCAGUGACCUUUAGGGCUCAGGGGUCCAACUCGCCCUAGAACACCAUGCAGGUAUUUUAAACAUCUCUGUCCCACGCCCUGGAACAUGGCUGCUCUUCAUAAGGAAUACUGCUAAUAAUGCCCCUGUCACUGCUGGCUCAUGCUAAAAUAAACAUUUACUUUGUGAAAACAA